AUGCCAACGUUCUAUUCAGGCGGCAUUACUGUACAGCUGUCUACUGCCGAUCUGCGCGAAACCUCGACUACAGUACCCGCCCAUAAUCAAUGCCCAGAGACUACUCGGAACACGAAGAGAACUGCAGACGUAAUCGCUCAAGCCUCAGUAGCUGGAACGCUUGCUGAGGACGCCAUCGAAGACCAGUCCACGGGCAGUCAUUUCCGAUGGGUGGGCAAUGACAGAGACGUGCCCUUCCUGCUCGUUCGUGCUGGUGAGGGUUAUUUCCAGGAGCCUAGACGAGUUAUCAAGCCAGCAAGACUAGAAACUCUAAAACAGCUCACGGAGAGUGCUGUGAGUGAAGACCAAUCAAGGAAGCGCUUUCAAGACUCGCAAACCAUUGAGAACCUUUCAAGCGAACAAUUCAAGCAACUGCAGAAAGAAUGUUCGUAUAGCGCUGCCCCUGAGAGCGAAGCUCCUCAAAAUGCCGCGCUCUGCCUGAACGUCUUUCUUUCUCGAAAGACAUUCUACCCAAUCACCAACGAAGAUACCAGCGGUGUCAAAUUUGCCGACUUGAGGAUUGACGUAUUCUUCAAUGGAAAGCUCUUUGAUUCCUCUGUGGUCGGCGCUCGAUUUCGUAACGCAGGUGCAAGGGGUGUAGGUCAGAUUUCCCGAUUCACUGGCCAAAAUAUCCAUCUCAUGGUCGAAAAGCCAUGGGUUUUGCGAGCAUUCUCGUCUGACACACACGGCAAUGUUAAUAUGCAGUCCGGAAAGGGCAGCGACCGUUGGACCACCAUUUCAUCCUUGCUUCGCAAUGAGAUCAGGAAAUAUGGGAUCACUCAAGAUGGCGAGCGCUCAGUCUCUGGAGAGUAUUUAGACGGCCUUGCCCAAGUUCCUGUACCUGAUGAAGUGAAUUCACUCAAUGAUCACGAUGGCAACCGGCUUGCCAUCAUUGACGUGAUGAUUGUUUACGGAGAAGGCUCCAGACUGGGACCCGAAACGCCUUAUGUGGCAGGGCCAACAGCACCCCGGUUGAUUGGCUUUCAACAACCGUUAUUGCCUGUUGGUUGGCAAGCAACAGAUCAUCAGAAGCAGAGCACUGAUAAAUACAUCGAGCAAAGAUUGGGAACGCCGACGUUUACGCCGCGAGCAACGGCGCGCUCAAGCCGAAAGGUAAGCAGACGUCAGUCCAAAUCAUCGGUAGGAGAAGACAAUACACUUAUGAAUGACGACGACGAAAAUGGCAUGCAACAUUUACUUAAUCACAUAGGAGCCGAAAAUUCUUCAAUCAAGGAGGCAGCGUUCGCUGAGCUACAUGAUCAGCCAACUCAGGACGUGGACAUGUGCGAGUGGUCCAGUCAGGACGACCUAGAGAACUAUGUUCAGGCUCCUAAUUCGGAUACGAAGAGUGCAGAUGCCUACAGAGGCAGCAGGACUGCAUAUUCAAUCGGCCAAGAUAAGCUCUCGUUUGAAGCGCCAUCACAGCUAUCUAACAAUAUCAACUUCAAUGGCCAGCUUUCUUUUCAUCAAAGCCCAACGUCACAAGCAGCUAACGCCCUACUCAAUCUCUCCAUGCCUCAAACAUGUUUGACAUCGCCUCCGAUCGACCCAGCUUUAGCGGCUUGGGCUGCUCAGAACAGCGCUUCUUAUUUACCCGGGAUACUACAACUUACUCAUCCCUCCCCAGGUGGAUCUGCACCUCUCACUCGCACGCCGUCUUUUCAAGCGAGCACGGAUCCUUUUGCUACGACGGCAAUUCCAUCACCAACAUCUUCAGCUCUUACUACUCCGCCACCAUCCACUCCUGAAAUUCCUUCAUGCUCUUUGGUGCCAAAGCUGAGUCCGGAAAGACCCUCGAAAUGGGUGAAAAUUACACUGGCCUCUCCCACACCAAAGCGAAAACCUCGCACCACCCGUCGUAGCUUUGCGCGGACCUCAAAGCCCUCAACAAAGCGUGCACGGAAGACAAGGACCCUGACACCACCGCCCCCUACCUAUCACGGAAACUCGCCAUCGAUGCAGUCUCAUCCCUCAGAAGAACCCCUGAGCGAACCAGUUCCGGCGACAAUUAGCCUAGAAGAAAUCGAAAACUUCACUUCAGCGCUGGCUCCUGAAUCAGAAGGCGUCAUCCAAGGGCCUGACCUCAGCAAGGACGACAAGAAGCAGAGACGCCAGACAAAUGUCAACGCUACGAAGUAUGCAGAGAAUAAGCCGCUAGACCAGGACUUUGAUCCGGGAGAGCUGGACGAGGGGUGCAGGGUUGGCUUUGCGGAAGCGGGAGUCGUAAGGAAUGUGCCAACCAGGCGUGGAGGGUGGUUCAAGGAAAGGGGCAUUGUGGUCGGGAUGAGGUUUUGUCUGUGGUAA